AUGGCGUCAUUACUCCCUCUGCUCUACGACUUACUGCCUAUAAUCAUGCCCUCAGAGGUCCAAAUCUCCCAUGAAAAGGAUUUGACAGCCAUUCCUGAGCGGGCCGAGGGGCCUCCCUAUCACCAGACACAGCGAACCGACCGUCAGGUGGAUCUGGCGUCAUGGGAGAACAAGCGCCAGGCUGUACUAAGCACCUCUGAUGACCCAGCGGGCUUCCAAGUAGAGCCAGGCCAGGGAAGGUCUUACACCAUAGUCUAUGUCACUAGCGGUCACGGGGUCCUUCUCACUAGUCCUGCUGUGGACCCUGUCAGGGCCAUCAGAGCAGAUAUCAAGGGCGAGGCGCCUACCCGUGAAGAAGAGCAGCCUCGGCGUCACGAACUUUCGCCUGGCGAUUUCGCCUUUAUCCCCGCAUGGACAGAGCAUCAAGUUGUGAACGAAGCUGAUGAGGGUGAUAUCGUCUGGGUGUUGGUUCAGAGUGGAGGCGAGCGGGUGCAGGUCGAUUUGACGGGCUGGGGUGGAGAGACGGCUCAGCGAUAA